AUGGAAAAGUAUCUCUCGAGCAAUCACUUCCAAUUCCAGGAAGGUAAGGCCGCACAAUCUAUCAACACCCUCCGAGCAGCCAUGGAACUAGUCUAUCCCAGAGAAAGGCCGUUGGUGGCCAUAGACGUAGAGGCGUGGGAACGGAGCCUUUCCAAAGUCACAGAAAUUGGUAUCGUGGUCUAUGAUCCAGACCAACUGCAGGGAUCGAUUUUUCCAGUGAUCACCCCCAUUCACAUCAUUAUCAAGGAGAACAUCAAGAAGGUCAACGGCAGGUUUGUCCCUGACAACAAACACAAAUAUUUGGGGGGCACCUCAUAUGUGCUCACAUUUCUGGAGAGUCGCCAGUUGGUGGACCAGAUCGUCACCAAAUACAUAACCAAACGUCAGGGAGCGUUGGUGGGCCACAACCUCUCUGGAGACAUCAAAUGGAUCAAGAGCAUCGGCGUCGAACUUCCCGAGAGCGUGCCGUCAGUGGAUACCUUCCAGCUCUAUGGCCUUUCACGGUCCACGGGAGCUACCUUGCGAGGCGUUUUGCGCCUGGCCAAUAUCCCACAUGGCAUUCUUCACAACGCAGCCAACGACGCCUACUACACCCUAGUGGCUGCAAUGGCGUUCUGCGACCCAGAGGUCCGCAAGCACCAGCAGUUGGACGUGUAUAAGGAGCUCGAGGCCAAACUGAAGUACCAGAAGCGUCAGGAGAAGUUCACUGACAGCGCUCGACUCGAGGAGGAUGGUAGUGAGUUGUUCGAGAUGUUCCGGUAG